AUGGCGAUAGCGGUUCUCUUUCUCCCCGAAGCAUCAGACUACAUCGCAAGCUCCCCGCAAGAGUCUCUAUCGCUCGCGAGACCUGUCUCACAAUCACCCUUUGUACUCGGCCUACAGUCAGCAGCCAAGCAGCACAAUCUACAUAUCAAUGUGGGCAUCCAUGUGCCUGUUGCCGUGAAGGCUGCCGCCGACAUCACCAGCAACCCGGUAGUCCCCACCGUACCGAAGUCCGAGGCGGGUUCCGGCGCCGGGGCCGGCGCGGGAGUCUCGACACAGCAGGAGGAGCCGCGAACGAAGCUCUUUAACCGCACCAUCUGGAUCGACGCUGACGGUACGGUGCGUGAUGCCGCGACCUACGACAAGCUCCACCUGUUCGACUACGGGGCGCUGCGCGAGUCCACGCAGACCCAGGCGGGCACCUCGAUCGUGCAGCCCUUCGACACGCCGGUGGGCCGCGUCGGCGCGCUGAUCUGCUUCGACCUGCGAUUCCCGGAGCCCGCGAUCCGGCUCGCCCACCCGCCGCCCUCCUCCGGGUGGAAGCCGGCGCAGCUGCUCACCUACCCGAGCGCCUUCACGGUGCCCACGGGCCGCGCACACUGGGAGGUGCUCCUCCGAGCGCGGGCCAUCGAGAGCCAAAGCUACGUGGUUGCCGCGGCGCAGGUGGGCAACCACAACGGCAAGCGCGUCAGCUACGGGCGCAGCAUGGCCGUCGACCCGUGGGGGAAGGUGCUGUGCGCGCUGGGCGGCAUCGCGGACGACGGGAGCGUCGAGGACGGCGCGGUCGGGCAGCUUGGGCUGGUGGACGUCGACCUGGGCGAGUGGGACCGAAUAAGAGAAAGCAUGCCUCUGGUUCGCAGGACGUGA